UUCCGCCCUCUCUGGGACACGGAAGCCGAGUCACGGGAAGAGGGAACAGUCUCUCUCGAAAGCUCCAUGGAUUUGAGGCGGUGGCGGCGGCCGUGCGGUCCCGGCCUGUCCCGGACAGUCGGGGCUCUGGCCGGGUAGGAUCCCCGCUCUGUCCCGGUGAUGGACAGCGGCCUGAGUUCGGCCGGACCGGCCCCCAGCCUGGGCCUCGGCCUCGGCCUCCACCGCUUCCCGAACGGCUGCACCCCCCUCAGUCACCAGGUGGCCGGACACAAGUACGGGAAAUCGGAGCUGGGUAUGUUGCAGCAUCCGGAUGGCACGGUCUUGAAGCAGCUGCAACCUCCCCCACGUGGUCCCAGGGAGUUGAAUUUCUACAACAUGGUGUUUGGUUCAUCGUGUCAUGAGCAUGUGUUCUUAGAUCUACGAAAAUUUCUGCCUAAAUUCCUUGGCACCUGGACACCGACUACUGCACCUAAUGAGUUGUACCUUAAACUGGAAGAUGUGACACGGAAGUUCAACAAACCGUGCAUCAUGGAUGUAAAAAUAGGGAAGAAAAGUUAUGACCCAGACGCAUCAGCUGAAAAGAUACAACAACAGAUCAGUAAAUAUCCGCUGAUGGAAGAAAUUGGUUUUUUGGUACUUGGCAUGCGGGUCUACCAGUUCUCAUCUGAUAGCUACAUGACGUAUGACCAGCGCUAUGGAAGAGGUUUAACAAAGGAAACUUUGAAAGAUGGUCUGUCUAGAUUCUUCCAUGAUGGAAACUGUUUGAGAAAGAAUGCUGUCGCCUCAAGUAUUCGAGAGGUUGAAAAGAUACUGCAGUGGUUUGAGAAUCAAAAUAAGCUCUGUUUCUAUGCAAGCUCCUUACUGUUUGUUUAUGAGGGAUCACCUCAGCUGACAGCAAUUGAUGCCGGAGAUGAAUCCCACAAACUAGCAGCACCAAAGGGAAUAAAGCGAACUGGAGAAGUAGUGGAAUACAACAAUAAUGUACAUGUAAUGAGCUCUAGUGAGAAUGGGAUGAUGGAGGCCUCAGUUGGCCAGAGCCUCUCCAAUAUGUACGCACUUCACAGGAAGGGGUGUUCCAGGGCACAUCAAACUGUGGUCCCACUACAGCUGAAGAAUGCAGAGCAAGACCACAGCAUAUGCAAAUGCUUAACUCUCGUUUCACCUGGACAGCCAAAUAGCAAUGAAAUAAAACACUUGGAGAAGGAUUUGAUGCACACCUCCAGCAUGCUUCAGGAGCCUCCAGAGGUUGAUGUAAGAAUGAUAGACUUUGCACAUGUGUUCCCUAGCAACACAAAAGAUGAGGAGUACAUUUAUGGGCUGAAACAUUUAAUCAGUGUGUUACAAAAUUUGCUGGAUGAUUAAAUUUUAAAAAAAUGUUGGGGUUAUUGGGAGCAAGGAAAUGAAUAAGGAGCAAUUUUAUUGAUUUCUGCACAAGCUCUGAUGCAUCAUUUUGUGUUUCUAAUGUGAUUCCAGGUGUAUUGUAUGUGCUUUUCAUUGUACGGUACCUCUGGUGAUUGAUUCAAUAUUUAUAAUAGCUCAGGAAAAUUUACCAACUCAUCAUUGACAGCCAGUGAAACAGUUCCAAAAACCUACAGAGGGCAGCUGGAAGCUUAGCAACUGCUGACAAGGAAAUUUGUGAGCUCCCACUGUUUGUAACAAACCCACAGACUUCAAUGAUGCUAAUUGGUUUUUCAGAUAUGUAACCAACUGCCUGCCAAUCCUAGGCAUGGAACUUGUGCCUAUGGACUAAUGCUAUCUUCAAUGAAGACCAAGUUAGUCAGACUUUAGAUUGUUUUGGGGAUGUUGCUGCCACUUUUCUGGAGAUGCACAUAUUAUUUGCCUUUUCUUACAGUUGAAUUACUGCAAUUCAUAUGGAAUGUUUAGUCCCAUCUAUGUAAAAUAGAAAUUGUCAAUUAUCUCUUUGUUUUGAUACAUUCAAUUAGAAUCUCUGGAGAAUUGCAGUCUUGCAAUAGUUUGUUAAUAUAUCAUUGUAAUGAAAGCUAAUGCAUUAGGAUCACCAUCAAGUCACCUGUACCCCUCCUGGAUAAGAUUUUCCACGGGAUAGAGCAACAUUUGCAUAUUAUGUUUCUUAAAACUACUUUCCCCUUUCAAUUUUUUAAGUGUGCUGGGAUCUGCAGAAGAUGAGGUGAGAUGGGAGGAAACUAAAUACUGGGACUGCCUUUAUAGUCCAACUUACACCUCUAAAUCUACUAGAUUUUAAUUAAUUUUUAAGUAUCCUCUCUCCUAACACUGGGUUUCUUUCAAAAUGCAGACAUUUCAACUUGUUCAUGUCUCAUUUGGUCAUCUACUAGUAGUGAUAUAUUGUGAGAUAACUUCCAAAGUUAACUUUUGAACACCCAGUUUAACAAGUUACUGAUUUGAUUUUCUCUCAUUAUCCUCUGGGCUGGUGCGUGUUUGGGUUUGCCUUUAUAAGACAGGCACGCUAAGAAUUGUUGCUAUGUUGGACCGACCAGUGUAUAAGAAUAUUCAGUACUUGAACACUAACUUCUUAGAUCAACUACUAAUGGCCUCGUAGGCUUCACUAUUAAAAUACUGAGUGAACAAGCAACUGCUCUUGCACAGUAUGUUUAUAUAUCACCAUAACUGACUUGUGACUCCAGCAAGAUAACCCCUAUCCUUGCUAGUUGUGUAGCUGAUUUCGUUUUCAUUAUUUACAAUUCUAUGGUAGAACUUUGUGACAAGUUUUUACCAUGUCAAAAAAAAUGGCCAAAUUCUUGGCACUAGUCAAGUUGUGUAUUUGAAAAUAACAUGCAAGCACUAAAACGAAAACAUUUUUGCAGUUCUUAAAAAUGCACUAGAUUUCAGAAUAUUGGGUUCCUUUCAUUACAGUUUACAAUUGCACAGAUCAGUGUACUUUUGAUAUUUUGAUAGUGUCUUAAAUGAUUUCCACAUUGCUAUCAUUUACUUUGUCAGGCUUCAGGAGGUGAGUUUUGUGGCAGGAACUGGGACAGAGCAGUAAUUUGUAGUACAAGUGAAUAAUGCAUGUGAAGAUUGUUAGUCAUUUAAAUGUAUUUACCAAAUGUGUGCUUUUUCUAAAAAAAAAAGUUAUUUCUGAAAUAUUUUUUAAAUGUAAACUAUGCUUUUUUGUAUGUUUGUUAACAGAGGUUUACAUUAUGCAGCUGUACAUUCCUCAUAGACCCGUUACACAUUCUGUCCCUCAGUACUACUGACUAUACGUGAAGACUUUUUAAAAAAAAAAGUGAUUGCAAAUUUUUGUUUUGAUCCUUGAAAAAUGAGGAUGAUUUGCGCUUGAUUAUUUUCUUCCUGAUCACAUGUCAGAGUUGUCUCCUCUGAUCAGCUACAUGCAUCAUAAGGGAUCAGAUGGAAAUGGCUUCUUUUUUUAAAGCAGAACAAGAUUUCAAUUAGCCUUUUAGCUAAACAGUUGGAUUCUAAAGAAAUUAUGCUGCUAAAUUACCAUUGACAUUGGGAUAUCAGCAAGCUUUAGUUUGCAUGUUGCUUGUCCGUUUCACUUAAUUUCACAUUUUCUUCUACCAAUUUUGUAUCGAUUUCUCCCCCUAAGACUGGCCCCUAACCAAUUUGUCGACCAUAGUGGAGUUGAAAAUCAGAUCUUUUGCUGGUUGCAAGCUUAACUAGAGCUUGGUGAGUUGUGGAGAUGUCACCUCUCAGUGAAUUUUCUGCGGAGAUGUUAUAUGGGCCUGGGCAAUUAAAAUAGAAUUUUUAAAAAUAUCUUUUCACUUCCAUUUAAAAGGAGACAAAAUUCACUAAUUUAUUAGCCUCAAAGUUUUUAAAUUUGACCAUUGUGCUGGCCACAACUUUGACAUUUCCAAUUACGAUCAUUCAAAAUUGAGUCUUGUUUCCCAGUGAAUUUACAGCUGUUUGCAUUAAUGUUACUGAGGAGAUGACUGGUUGAAUGGAUGGUCGACUUAGCCUGUGUCAGCUAUUGGAGUUGCGCAUUCUAUUUUGCUGUUUCUUCUAUUGGAAUAUAUUCCAUAUGUUUGAGAAUUUCAGAUCUUGCUUUAUAUCAUCUCAUCAGUCUAUUAUACAAGUAAUAUCACUGUAUUUGUUUGUGUCGUGCUGUUCAGGGUCACAUUGUUUAAUGUGAGUUAUGUUAACAUAGGAAAUGUGUAUUCAAACGCUGGCAAAAUGUCAUAGCGGUCACUAAUUUGGAUUAGAUUUGUUUGUUUUCAGCCCUUGCAGCUUGUGCUGUAAAUUUUGGUGUAACCAUGUAUAUAAUGGAACCUUGAAUUAUUUUUAUAAGACUCCAUCACAAGUCAUUCCACCAAACAACUGCUGGAAUUUUGCUUCAUUGCUGAAUAUAUUUGACAUGAAUGCAGGUUCUAUAACCCAUAUUAGUUUUUAACUUUUUAUUUCUUGGAGAGUGUUAAAUCUAAUCGUAUUUUGUGGCUCCUUGUUAGGAUUUCAUUCCAGUUCUACGUUUGUUAGUAGGCAUACAUGAAAGCAUUUAGGUAUCCUUUCACUUAAUAAACUUGUUAGCACUUGAACGUUCAUUGAGCUGCCAUUUUGUUAAAAGUUCAAAAAUGUUGGGUCAGUACAGUAGAAUUCUCUUUAUGGGGACUCUUCUGUGUUGAGCAAAGCAUCCACUUAUCGGACUGUUCUCCUUUUACAACCGCUGUGAAAGGCAUUUGGAGUAAGUUGUGUUUGAGCAGUUGUGCUCACAACAUGCCUAUCUGUGGCCGUCUUCUGUACCAGAAAUUCUGCAUUUGACAUAAAUAACCUUCAGUUGAUGAAACGGCAGAAGUUUUACUCCAUGAUAUCAAGUGUAAACUUCUGCUUUCACAAAGUCAACCCCCUUAGACUGGUCUCUGAGUCUUUCAGUGACAUGUCCCUUGUUGAAAAGAAACUGUAGUGAACAAAGUGAGAUUAUUCAGCAUUCUUUCAAGCAGAGCAUAAAUUACAAUCAUGAAAUAUAUUUGUUUUGUAAAAAGGAUAAUAUAUGCUAUUAUGUAAAUUUGCCCUUUUAAAAUGCUCUGUAGAGAAAGGUGAAAAAUACCUUUUAAUGCAGUGUAUGUAUAUAUAAAAUACAGCUUAUGUGGCUUAUUUUGACUGGCUAAAUUACAGAAUACUUAAAUUGAAGUACUGAUCAGUUUCAUAUUAAAAGUACCUUAAAAUUUCUUGCCUUUUACUUUGAUGAAACCAACCUAAAAUUAUCGAUAGGCUACAUUUGCACAGGCUUGAUCUUAAUUGAAUUAGUCAAUGUUCAAUACAGAUUGCACUGCUUCAUGUAAAUGGUGCAGUAUACUUUUCCUUUUGUUUUUCAAUGCUGAGUACAAACUUGACUUAACAGUGGCAGGUUUUACACUGAUUGAAACUGAGUUCACUUUUCAUUAUACUGAAAGGGGAGUGAGGUGAAAAUGGGUUGCCCCUCCUUGCAUCAGCACACACUUGUCGUUUGUGGUGAAGCAUGACAUCAAAUGGUGAAUGGUGCAUGCACCAGACCUUAAUCUAAUUUCAGCUUGACUUCUUCCAGAUGGAAGCUUGCUGUCGUGUACCUGAGAGCGAACUGUGAAACACGAUUGUUAAUUUAAAUUGCUUUGAUUCAAAUCAACACAGAGUCCCGCAUUCAGUAUGCCGCCUUGCUGGGAUCUGUUGGUUUGAGAGCCAAGCUGAGAGGCUUCAUUUGUCCCUGCAGUUCCAAUGAAGUGAGGAAUUUAUUGUCACCUGAAGUGAACCUAAUUUUCCUUAUUUUUACUUGAGUCGGCAUCCAUUUAUAACAUUGGCCUAUUAAGGUUGGACAUUAAAUUUGAACACAAAACAGUCUACUCGUCAUUCCUGUUAGGUGGAUUGGUUUUUGCAUUGGUUUUAGACUUUUUAAAACAUUGCACACAAAGUAUGGUACAAGUUGAUGCAAAAUUCAUCAGUCACCUUAAUUUACAGUUCAUUUAUUAAGCGCUCAUAUUCUGGCUGCAUUCUUGAAUAAACCAUGGCUUGCUUUUAACAGGAACAUUUUGCAAAUGUAUCCUCUUAAUUUUAGAUAAAGUACAAUUUUAACUGCAGCCUAGAUGGGAACAAGUGGGAUUAUUGCCACUUCUGUUAUUGAGCGUGCACACAGACACUUUAGUAUUAUGGGAAAUUAUGCUGGAAUUGGUAUGAAAGUAUCAGAAAAGCAGCAAAUGCACAUUCAUAUACUGUGGUUAUUUAUAAUCGAUUAUCCAUAAUGUAUCUCAGUAUAGUCUGACUUAUCUAUCUUCUAAUAUAUGAUGAAUUGUUAUCUUUAUUUUGAUUGUGAUGAAUUAUAUGCAUAACUUGUUUUGCUACGGAUGGAGUGCAGGGGUAACUGCUGAUAUGUAAUGGGUGCUACAUGUAUUACAGAGGAAUCAAAAGUACUAACUGAUGAAGAUUGCUUACUUUUGUAAUUUAAUAUGAUGAAAAGAUAUUUAGAUAAAUCACAUAGCUGUAUAUUUGGCAAAAAUGGAAUUACUAAUAAAUUUUCUGUAAACAACACAA